CAACGGCAACGGGUACGUUACGUUGCUAUAAUUUUGGUUUUUCAAUUCCAUAUAAAGCAUAUUAAGUGUUAAAGUUUUAUAAUGGUAGGACGUUCAAGGAAGAACAAAUUGAGCAAUCCUAAAGUUGCUAAGCAAAUAAAUGACAAUUUAUUAAAGAUAAGCAUAAGAACUGAGAAUUAUAUAUAUAAUGACGAACCUAUGACCAUAAGCGAAGCAAAGGAAAUGAAAUAUGAGCUGAGUACCUAUAAAAAACUAACGAAGAAAGAUGUUCGCACUUUACAGAUUAUUGAGAAACAAAAUCGCCUCUUACAAGGAAUUAUUAGAGAGGAAGAAAAUGUAUUGAACGGAAUAGUAUGCCACGAUGACAAUCAACUUAACGACAACGUAGAUGAUGAAGACAUACACAUUUCUGUAGCAACAAAUACAGUUGAAAAAGUUGAAUCCAAAAGAUCUUCAGACAUCCAUAUAAAUACCAGCAUAGCAGGUUCCCCUACUUUUAAUCUAGAUCAUACUCAAUUAAUUGGCACGUCAAAUACCUUUGAAGCAACAAAUUCCCCUACAAUUAAUCUCUCAAGCGCCGUAGUGAAUACACUAACACGUUCCGAUAACAUCAAAACUGUCGAUAAUACACCAGAAACAAUCAGUUUACCGUCUCAAGAUGAUUCUAACAAUAAACAACUUGAUGUCGAUAUAUCUUUAGUUAAACAAAAUACCAACAUUGAACAAAGUCAUCAUUUACCUAAAAAGCGAAGAAACAACGCCAAGAAUUUGUCUUGGAUAGACAAUAUGAAAUACGUUAGAGUCGUUGAAGAUGAUGAAUUCGAUCCUAAGCUAUCGAAUUUAGGAAAGUUUUGGGAUAAUUUUCAACUUCCUCAAGACUGGGACGAGAAUGACUUUUGUUUUGAGUGA